GCUUUCAUUGCGGUGUGUACCGCUGCCCGGGGCCGCGCAGCUCGGCGCCUCGCACGGGCCCUGCGGCCGGGCUGGGGCAGCGCGGGGCUCCGUGUGCCGCCGAGCUCUGUCCCGCUGUCCCCCGGCGUGCCGUGCCGCGGCAGAGGCUCCCCGGCGGAGAGCGACGUGGCACCGCCGCCACGGAGCCCUGUCCCUGCCUGGCUGGGCCAGCCCCGGCGGGACGGGGCUCGGCCGUGGGUGCUGCUGCCUGGUCCCUCUCCUGGCUGCAGGGUCCGGCUGGGUACAGAAUGCGUCCUUUCCCAAGGAGCCCCGAAGAAGUAUUGUCCAAUUAUGUUGCUUUUAUGUCUCAUUUAUUAAUACCCAUUGCUCUCUUUGCAGGGCUCUUGUACACGGACAAACAGCCAGUGCUGAGGUGCAGCACAUGUCCCCUGGUGUUUAUGGGUUCGGCCGUGAGGAUUCUCUUAAUGACUUGUUAAAUUAGGUGUGGCCCAAUGUGUUUGAAACCUCUCCUCACAUCAUCGAAGCGGUUAUGGGGGCUCUGCAGGGCCUCAGAGCUACUGCUGGGCCCUGCAGGGUGUCACAGUACUGUUUACAGGCUGGGCUCAAUGACCUCGGAGGUGUUUUCCCUCCUCGCUGGUUCUGUGACUCUGUGACCUUGUCCUCACCUCUGGAGGUGCAGAUGGAGGUCGGUGACUUGCUGGUGGAGCUGUGGUGGCUGCUGCUGUGCCCCUGUGCCUGCCCAGCCCGGGCUGCUGCAGCUGCAGGGCUGGCACGAGCGUGCCUGGAGCACACAGGGGCCCAGCCAGCCCGGCACGGAGCUGUGGGCUGGAGAGGCCUCCUGGCAGCCCUGCCUGGCCUCCAAAACCAGGAGCAGACAGGGCCUGGAGUCCUGCAGGUGCCUGUCCCUGCUCAGGGCUGCGUGGGCGUGGGGGCCAGUGUGGCAGCCUGGGGCUGCCCUGGCCACCGCUGGCCCUGUGACCCGCUGGAGCUGCUGCCAGCACAUGAGGAGCAGGGGGAGCUGCUGCAGGGCUGGAGGUGCUGGGGCCAGCAGUGGCCAGCACUGCCCCACACCUUCCCAGUGCCCUGCCUUCCUGCCCCACAGCUGCUCAGUGCACGGGGUGCCUUGUGGAGCCCCACGGGGGACAGCAGGUGACACAGCAGCACGCCCCUGACAGGCACCUGCAGCUCGAGUCUCUGCAGCAGGACUAGCAGUCCUGCCGUUGGCCAGCUGGCCACUGGGCUGCAUUGGCAGUGGCUGCAUCGUCUGGCAGUGCCUCAGGGCCGUGAAGGGAGAGCAUUCCUUUGCUCCUGAGGGCAGGUGGGACUGGAGGGAAGCACCUGUAGGGACCUGACCCCCGCUGGGCACCGCACAGAGGACAGCAAAGGGCUGUGAGCCCUCCUCCCUGUCCCUGCUGCUCCACAGCUCCUUUCCUGGUGCUGAGCAGCCCAGAGGAAAGGCAGGUUGCUGGCAGCUGCCUGCUGUCUGCACCCAGUGGCGCAGAAAGUGGUGAAAUCACAAGUGGAAGUACUCAUGUGGGGCAGAUUGGGGUCACCUCGUCAGGCCCACUGGAGCCUGUAGAAGCUCAGCUGCAGAAGCUGCAGAAUCCACCCGUGGCCGUGCCCCUCACGGGGGCCAGUCCUGGCUGGUGCCUGCCUCGGAGGUAGAGAGGAGGGGCUUUUGGCUGGGGACACACGCGGGACACUCAACUGCGGCUUUCCCUCAGCGUCACCUCAGCCCGCAGACGCCCACCGCUCUCAGAUCUGUGCCCGUGCCAGGCGGGAUGGUGGUGGCGAGGGCUGGCUGCCCUCACUGCCAAAAUCCCCCCGCUGGAGGGCUGGAGGUUCUCCAGCCACUGCCCAGAGCAGGACUGCCCAAGGGCUGGGCCAGCCCGGGGCUUUUCUGUUCCGUGGCUCUGAAGGACUGCAGACAGGAGUUGUGCAGGUGGGGAGGAAGGGGAGCGUUCCUGCCCUGCUGCUAGCGGAGUUUGCUCAGGCAGGAGUUCCAGCUGGAGCAGGAGCGCGCUGCAGGAGGGUCGAUCGGUGUCGGUGAGUGCUGGGCUCGCCGCGGCCGGAGGGGGAGCAUGGCCAGCCAGGGCUGGGGGUCCCUGCACAGCCCAGCCCGGGGCCAGCGGCCGCGCCCCGCGGGAGCUGAGCGUGCCCGCAGGAGCUGGGCCAUGGCCACACCCCGCUGGGCUCCACGAGAGACCUGGCACCCCGAUUGUUUAAGAUUUUCUAAACCUUCUGGUGUUUACAUUCUUGUAACGAACUUUCUCACGCACUUUAUGUAAAUAACUCAUUGUUUUGCACUCUUUUCUGGAGGAGGAGAAAUUUGACAGACUGUUGGUUUGUCCAGUGUCAUUGGCACUGUCACCCUCCAAUCCACUGUCACUUUUGGAAAUCUAUAAAUGUUGGAGUCAAAAAAAUAAAGGUCCCUUUUUUACCUUGGAAAGGACAA